GGCAGCUCCAUUACAUCUGUCUCAUGGGCUCCUAGGAGCGAGCUCCUCACAAUGGGCUCUGACAACAGCACUGUACAAAUGUGGAACAUUAAGACCGGGCAGCUUAUCCAGAAGUGGCAGACCUACAAUAACAAUGUCUGGUCCGUCGCCUUUUUGCCCAGUGGCACCCAGAUCGCAUCGGCCUCUGGCAACAGGCUCAUC